AUGGCCCCCAAGAAGUCCAAGGGCGAUGCCCACUCGUUGAACACCAAGCUCGCGCUGGUGAUUAAGUCUGGAAAGGUCGUCCUCGGCUACAAGUCUACACUGAAGUCCCUGCGGACAGGAAAAGCCAAGUUGAUCUUGAUUGCGGCUAACGCGCCUCCUCUUCGCAAGUCGGAACUCGAAUACUACAGCAUGCUGUCGAAGACUUCGGUACACCACUUCAGCGGCAACAACAUUGAGUUGGGCACCGCAUGCGGAAAGCUUUUCCGCUGCUCCACCAUGGCCAUCCUCGAUGCUGGUGAUUCCGACAUCCUGAGCGACCAGCAGGCUUAA